GAAACAUGACCCAUUCAAACAAUCAUUACAAUGUCCACUUCAAAACCUUAUACAUCAUAUCAUAUAUAUAUAUAUAUCUAUCUAUAUAUAUAAUCUAACACCAUCAUCAACAUAUGUUCAUUCAUAUUCAUUAAUCAUCAACAACUAUGAACUCACCAUGUUUGAAACAUGUUGAACAAGUAUGCUCACAUGGUUGUUGUUCCAACCCCUUAUUUUCUUUACCAGAUUUCACCACGAUCAACAGCACCAGCACCACCACCACCACCACCACAAGCACAUCAUCUGCGUGCCGGAAACACUUCACUACUACAACAACCACUUCUUUCUUUCCAAACACGCGUUUUACGGAUCAUGAGUCUCUUCCUAGUUAUAAAGAUUCAUUGAUUACUUUCACUCAAACAUAUCCGAAAUACUCGGAUACUGCUCGAGUGGACAGGAUUAGAGGGCAGGAAUAUUACCAUCUUUCGCUUUCGAAUCGCAUAUGUCUUGAUUAUAUUGGUAUCGGGCUUUUCUCACACUUGCAGCUUCAAACACACCACCCUUCCACUCCUUCUUCGAGUGAUUUGCACUCCGAUUUCCCGUUCUUUAAUACGAUUUACCGGUCUGUUAAUCUCAAGUCCCAGCUGCUUCAUGGUGGUGAAGGAUCUCCAUUCGAGUCGUGUAUCAGGAAGAGGAUCAUGGAGUUCAUGAAUGUUUCAGGUGAUGAUUAUUCCAUGGUUUUUACUUCAAACAAGUCAUCAGCAUUCAAGAUUGUUUCAGAAUCUUAUCCUUUCCAAACGAGUCGUAAACUGCUAACAGUAUACGAUUAUAAUAGCGAGGCUGUGGACACCUUGGUUACGACAUCUGAAAAACGAGGAGCUAAGGUAAUGUCAGCCGAAUUCAAGUGGCCGAGAAUGCGGAUUCAUUCCGCGAAAUUAAGAAAAAUGGUAGAGAGAAAUAGGAAAAAGAAAAAACCAAGAGGGUUAUUUGUGUUCCCACUUCAAUCGCGAACAACUGGCGCGAGUUACUCGUAUCAGUGGAUGCUCAAGGCACAAGAGAACGGGUGGCAUGUGUUGUUAGAUGCAUGUGCAUUGGGCCCAAAAGACAUGGAUAGCUUCGGGCUGUCGUUGAUUCGGCCGGAUUUUCUUAUUUGUUCAUUCUACAAGGUUUUUGGUGAAAACCCGAGUGGAUUCGGAUGCUUGUUUGUCAAGAAAUCGAUGAUAUCGAUAUUGGAAGAUUCAUGCGUGGGGAUAGCCACUCUUGUCCCGGCUAAGAACUCAUCGUUUCAGGCUCAAUCGGACGAAGAACAUUCAUCCGGAACGGAUUUAGAACUUCAACAAGAACAAAUCGUCACCCAGGGCGAAAAGAACAAGGGUUUACCGAUCGAGUAUAGGGGGUUAGAUCAUGUGGAUUCGUUAGGGUUGAUGCAAAUUAGUACGCGCACUAGGUGCUUGAUAAAUUGGCUGAUUAACGCGCUAACGAAGCUAGAACAUCCCAACACGGAGACCAAGACACCAUUGAUUAAAAUUUACGGUCCGAGAAUUAGAUUUGACCGUGGACCCGCGUUAGCAUUCAAUAUCUAUGAUUGGAAAGGUGAAAAAGUUGAGCCGGCCCUAGUGCAAAAGCUUUCUGAUCGAAAUAAUAUAUCGUUGAGCGUAGGUUCUCUACACAAGAUAUGGUUUGAUGACAAGUAUGUAGAGGAAAAAGAGCGCGUAAUGACCGAGGGUGGCACGAAGAAGAGUAAAGGGGUGCCGGAUAUCGCCGUGGUGACUGCCGCGAUAAACUUUUUGGCGAAUUUUGAAGAUGUUUAUAGGUUAUGGGCGUUUGUGGCUCGGUUUUUGGAUGCGGAUUAUGUCGAGAAGGAACGAUGGAGAUAUACCGCUCUAAAUCAGAAAACGAUUGAAGUGUAAUGCGUAGUCAAUAACCUAAAUCUUUUGUAACUAGAAAAGAAGAAAAAACACGUUUGAAAGUGUAAAAAUGUUGAUGCAAUCACUUUAUAUCUUUUGUAAAAGUAAUGCUUUAUUCUUUAGAGUUUA